AUUAUUUCCUCUCUCCACCUCCCCGUUUAUUCUCUCCCUCACCUUCCUGCUCUCUGUCCCCGUCUUCCAUUUCUGCGCUUUUCUCCUCCCCACUCCCCACUCCCUCGUCGUCCCAAGCUCACACACCCCGCCCUCGCAGAUUUUUCUUCAACACAGCGCCGCCAGCCGUUCUCUCGAGGAGCUGAUGCGAGGUGUAAGCUGUACUGUGAGAAGGACAGCUGUGCACGUCAAGAUCCAAACUAGUCUCGCUUGAUUACAGUAGAGCUGGUUGAAUACUAACAUACACUUGAUUCUGCUGCUUCGAAACAUGGGUUCUAGAUUUCCAUCGCAUCAGCUGAGCAAUGGCCUGUAUGUAUCUGGCCGAAAAGAGCAACCUAAGGAGAAGGCCCCGACCAUUGGCUCCAAUGUGAUGCCAUACACUGGUGGUGACAUCAAGAAGUCUGGAGAGCUUGGGAAGAUGUUUGACCUGCAUGCUGAGAAGUCUAGGAAAUCUGGUCCUUUGGGCAAUGCGCCUUCCAGAAAUCCUUCAUUUGGGGGUGCUGCUUCAAACUCUGGACCUGUCUCUAAUGCUGGCGGCCGCUCAAACUACUCUGGUUCUCUUUCGUCUUCAGUUCCUGGUGCCGGCGGAUCGGCAAGAGCAAAAUCUAACUCUGGACCUCUCAAUAAGCAUGGAGAACCAGCAAAGCGUUCAUCCGGUCCCCAGUCUGGAGGUGUGACCCCAAUGUCUCGCCAGAAUUCUGGUCCUCUCCCUCCCAUGCUUCCUGCCACUGGCCUUAUCACAUCUGGGCCUAUUUCUUCUGGGCCACUGAAUUCUUCUGGUGCUCCAAAAAGAAAACUAUCUGGAUCUCUUGAUUCUGCUGCAUCCAUGAAGCUGCGGGCCACAUCGUUUGCUCACAAUCCGGCUGUUACUACUGUCACCACCGAAGGUGGUGGUUUCUCAAUCAACGGAUGCUUUGCGAAGUGCGUAUUCUGGAGUGCACUCGGAAUCUUGGUUGCAGGGUCUAUAUUAGGUGUCUUCAUUCUUGCUGCUGUCCACAAUGCGAUUAUGCUGAUAGUUAUGGUAGCGAUGCUUGGUGCUGCUGCUGCACUUCUGUCUUGGAAUGUUUGGCGGGGGAAAAGAGGAGUGAUUGGGUAUGUCAAUCGCUAUCCUGAUGCUGAUCUCAGAACUACAAAAGAUGGAGAGUAUGUCAAGGUUACAGGGGUUGUUACCUGUGGAAAUUUCCCACUGGAGUCCUCAUAUCAAAGGAUUCCGAGAUGUGUGUACACUUCAACCAGCCUUUAUGAGUAUAGGGGAUGGGACUCCAAAACCGCGAACGUCAAGCAUCGUCAGUUUAGUUGGGGAUUAAGGACAGCAGAGCGACAUGCGGUUGAUUUCUACAUUUCAGAUUUUCAAUCUGGGCUUCGAGCAUUGGUGAAAACAGGAUAUGGUGCGCGGGUGACACCAUAUGUGGAUGACUCUGUAGUAAUUGACAUCAAUCCUGAGAACAAGGACAUGUCUCCUGAAUCUCUAAGAUGGCUGCGUGAGAGGAAGCUCUCAAGUGAUGGGCAGACAAUGCGCCUAAAAGAAGGAUACAUCAAGGAAGGCAGCACAGUGAGUGUUAUGGGGGUUGUUCAAAAGAAUGACAGCGUGUUGAUGAUAGUUCCUCCACCGGAGCCAGCCUCAACUGGUUGCCAGUGGGGGAAAUGCUUCUUCCCAUCUAAACUUGAUGGACUAGUCUUGAGAUGCGAAGAUACUUCAAAUACGGAUGUCAUACCAGUAUAGCGAGCUGAAUGCUGGAAUGGUUGCCGCUGGAGGGGGGAAAUCGGCUUGUCGAAUCUUUUGACCUCGGAUUGUGUUUGCUUGGUAGAAUAUUAGAACUGAGAAAAAUGUACAAAUGUUAGGUGUGAUUAUGGCUAGUAAAGAUCAAUGAUGGCUGGUUAAUCUGAGUUUGGCUGUAUAGUCCUUUUUUCUAUGUGUUUCGUCCUCGCUUCCUCUCUUUUUUCGGUUAUGGGCUCUCAAAUACUUGUCGGAUAUGAUGGCUUUUGCGCUGUUUGAAUACUUAGUGGAAUUGGGUUUGUAUGCUAUUUAGGAUGGAUUUCUUGCACUGCUCUUAA